UACAACGGCACGUUACCUUGCUGUACGAUAAACAUCAUAUUUUUCUCUCUCUCUCUCUUAAACGGGUCGGACUUUCUGCGGACAUGGACGCCGGAGCUAAAGUCAAAAAGGGUGCCGGUGGUAGGAAGGGUGGAGGCCCGAAGAAGAAGCCUACUUCUAGGUCCGUUAAGGCUGGCCUUCAGUUUCCCGUUGGGAGGAUCGGUCGUUACCUGAAGAAGGGAAGGUAUGCGCAGCGGGUCGGAUCCGGAGCUCCUGUUUACUUGGCUGCUGUGCUCGAGUACCUAGCUGCUGAAGUACUUGAGUUGGCCGGUAAUGCUGCCAGAGAUAAUAAGAAGAAUAGAAUAAUACCAAGGCAUGUAUUGCUUGCCGUUAGGAAUGAUGAAGAGCUUGGAAAGUUGCUUGCAGGAGUGACAAUUGCUCAUGGAGGUGUUCUUCCCAAUAUUAACCCUGUUCUAUUGCCCAAGAAGUCAGAGAAGGCAGCAACUAAGGAACCCAAGUCUCCAUCCAAGGGAACAAAGUCUCCAAAGAAAGCUUAGGCCAUUCCAGUUAUUAUUCUCUUAUGCUCUUGUUGUAUGUAGUUUUGCCAUAUUUUGUUAAUUUGUAGGACGAAGUUGAUGGAUUUUGAUAAAAUUGUGUAGUCCCUUGAUCUUUGUGAUACUAUGUUAGGAUUGACAUAUGAGAUUAAUGGAUGAAACUACUGGUUUCUGUUUUUCA